UAGUGAGAUUUUAUGAAGAAUGAAAACCCUGAGCCAAGCAUCCCCUUAAACCCCAAAGGCGAAAAGCAACAGAGUUCCCAUUCCAUGGUCGUCGAAUCACGACAAUGAAAGCCUUGAGAACCCUAAGAAGGACCCUCUAUUUCCCCGCCUCUCACGCUCCCACCCCUCUUUUCUUCUCCGCCCAACCGCAGCCUCAGCCUCGCCCCGACGACCCCACCACCUCCGCGGACUCCGACUCCGUCUUCGACAGCUCCCACUAUGCCCUCGACACGGACCCCGGGCCCAAGCUCGGGCCCACGUGGGACGACAAGUACCGGGCCCGCGCGGACCGGGUGGUGUUUGGAGAAGAGGGCCCGAAGGGGAAACUGCGGCUGAAGGAGGAGCAAGAUGAGAUGAGGAGAAGGAUUCUAGCCAAGGCCUUGCUCGAAGCCGCGGUGGAAAACGAGGAGGAAGAUGAGGAAGUAGAAGGAGCGAAAGGCAUGGUGAAGGAGGAAGAGCAAAAAUCGUUGUCCGUGGGAAUCAUUGGCGCUCCCAACGCUGGCAAGUCUGCGCUAACUAAUUUUAUGGUUGGGACAAAGGUAGCAGCAGUUUCACGGAAGACAAAUACCACAACUCAUGAAAUUGUGGGAGUAUUGACAAAAGGAGACACCCAAAUUUGUUUUUUUGAUACACCAGGGCUCAUGUUGAAUAUCGCUGGAUUUCCUUAUAGGGAUGUCAAAGUCCGUGUUGAAAGUGCUUGGAGUUCUGUCAAUCUCUAUGAAGUGCUCAUAGUCAUUUUUGAUGUUCAUAGACAUAUUACCAGGCCUGAUCAAAGAGUGAUACAAUUAAUUAAACGAAUGGGAACUCGAUCGGUUCUAAAUCAAAGGCGAAUUUUGUGUAUGAAUAAGAUUGAUUUAGUAGAGAAAAAGAAAGACUUGUUGAAGGUUGCUGAAGAGUUCAAAGAUCUUCCUGGAUAUGAAAGGCAUUUCAUGAUAUCAGGAUUGAAGGGGGCUGGUGUAAAAGAUUUGACUCAGUACUUGAUGGAGCAGGCCGUUCAACGACCCUGGGAAGAGGAUCCCCUUAGCAUGAGUGAGGAAGUUAUGAAGAUGAUAGCAGUAGAAGUCGUGCGUGAAAGGUUAUUGGACCACGUACAUCAGGAAAUUCCGUAUGAUAUUGAACAUCGAUUGAUUGAUUGGAAAGAGUUACGAGAUGGUUCUCUUAGGAUCGAGCAGCACUUCAUCACUAACAAAUUAAGCCAACGCAAGAUUAUUGUGGGGAAGAAUGGCUCAAAAAUUGGGAGAAUAGGAAUUGAAGCCAAUGAAGAGCUAAGGUCCAUUUUCAAAAGGCAAGUGCAUCUAAUUCUCAAAGUUAGUCAUAAAAAGUGAUUCUGGCAUAGAUUCGAUGUUGAAGUAUCCCUUCUUUGCCACACUCUGCUAUGCUGUAUGUGAAAUGCCAAAGCUGUUCUGCAAAGUAACAAAACCAUGCUAGAUGUCAUGGUGAUCUUGGAGAAAAUCAUGGGUACAGGUUGAGUUCAUUUUUGAUCGUUCGUACGAGCAAAGUGUUGUGCCUAUUGUUUUACUGUGUAUGAGUUUCGAAAGGAAAUUUCCAUAUUCUGUUUUUGUUUACUCAAAUAUAAUUUGGUUUAUACAUGGUUCUAUAAAAGUAGACAAUUAGCACAUUAGCUCUGAAGUUGUAUGAUUUUUACUUUGGGUUGCCUUAGAGUUGCCCAUUGGCCCUCUCUCAUUUGGUGAGAUAAGAGACUUUGCUAUUGUGUAAUUUUAUCUUAUGUACAGAAAUCGAGUAUCAAGCUGUGCUUAAUUCA